CAGAGUGCAGUGGGCUCUGGUGGAGGUCGGGAGAACUGCAGGGCGAAGACCGCCGGGGGCUCCGCGGGCUGCCGGGGGGAGGCACUUGACACCGGCCGCGGGAGAGGAGGGGCCGCUGUCCCUGCGGCCAGUGCUGGAUGCGGGGACCCAGCGCAGAGGCAGCUCCAGGUGGAGCCACGGGAAGCCCAGCCCCACAGACAGCCUGAGGCCGCGUUUCACCCUCGGUGCCGGGAUCUAUGUUUAAGUUUUAACACUUGCUUACCAAGACCACGAUAAUUCCUUCCCCAGAGGCCAGCAGCCCCCCAGCCCCGCGCAGCCCCAGCCUGCCUCCCACCGCCCAGCUGCCCGCGAUGCCCGCCAGCGGCCCCGGGGACGCCAGCGGCCCCGCUCCGGAGCGGCGGGAGGAGGAGCGCAAGGAGGGAGAGGAGCAGGAGGAGGCUCGUGGCAAGGAGGAGCGGCAGGAGCCCAGCACAGCUGCCCGGAAGGUGGGGCGGCCCGGGAGGAAGCGCAAGCACCCUCCGGUGGAAAGCAGUGACACGCCGAGGGACCCCGCCGUGACCUCCAAGUCCCCGUCCAUGGCCCAAGACUCAGGCCCCUCAGAGCUGUUACCCAACGGGGACUUGGAGAAGCGGAGUGAGCCCCAGCCAGAGGAGGGGAGCCCCGCUGGGGGGCAGAAGGGCGGGGCCCCAGCAGAGGGAGAGGGUGCAGCUGAGACCCCGCCCGAAGCCUCCAGAGCCGUGGAGAAUGGCUGCUGCACCCCCAAGGAUGGCCGGGGAGCCCCUGCAGAAGAGGGCAAAGAACAGAAGGAGACCAACAUCGAAUCCAUGAAAAUGGAGGGCUCCCGGGGCCGGCUGCGGGGUGGCCUGGGCUGGGAGUCCAGCCUCCGCCAGCGGCCCAUGCCGCGGCUCACCUUCCAGGCGGGGGACCCCUACUACAUCAGCAAGCGCAAGCGGGACGAGUGGCUGGCACGCUGGAAAAGGGAGGCUGAGAAGAAAGCCAAGGUGAUUGCAGUAAUGAAUGCUGUUGAAGAAAACCAGGCGUCCACCGAGUCUCAGAAGGUGGAGGAGGCCAGUCCUCCUGCUGUGCAGCAGCCCACUGACCCCGCAUCCCCCACUGUGGCCACCACGCCUGAGCCCGUGGGGGCUGACGCUGGGGACAAGAACGCCGCCAAAGCAGCUGAUGAUGAACCGGAGUACGAGGACGGCCGGGGCUUUGGCAUUGGGGAGCUGGUGUGGGGGAAACUGCGGGGCUUCUCCUGGUGGCCAGGCCGCAUUGUGUCUUGGUGGAUGACGGGCCGGAGCCGAGCAGCUGAAGGCACCCGUUGGGUCAUGUGGUUCGGAGAUGGCAAGUUCUCAGUGGCAAGUGGUGGGUGUUCGGUGAGUGUGGAAGGCGGAGCACACGAGGGCGGGUUGUGCCUGCAGGUGUGUGUGGAGAAGCUGAUGCCGCUGAGCUCCUUCUGCAGUGCCUUCCACCAGGCCACCUACAACAAGCAGCCCAUGUACCGCAAGGCCAUCUACGAAGUACUGCAGGUGGCCAGCAGCCGAGCGGGGAAGCUGUUCCCGAUGUGCCACGACAACGACGAGAGCGACACUGCCAAGGCCGUGGAGGUGCAGAACAAACAGAUGAUCGAAUGGGCCCUGGGAGGGUUCCAGCCCUCUGGCCCCAAGGGCCUGGAGCCCCCAGAAGAGGAGAAGAACCCCUACAAAGAAGUUUACACAGACAUGUGGGUUGAACCCGAGGCAGCUGCCUAUGCACCGCCCCCACCAGCCAAAAAGCCCCGAAAGAGCACAACUGAAAAGCCCAAGGUCAAGGAGAUAAUUGAUGAACGCACAAGAGAGCGGCUGGUGUACGAGGUGCGGCAAAAGUGCCGGAACAUCGAGGACAUUUGCAUCUCUUGUGGAAGCCUCAACGUCACCCUGGAACACCCUCUUUUCAUCGGUGGAAUGUGCCAAAACUGCAAGAACUGCUUCCUGGAGUGCGCGUACCAGUAUGAUGAUGACGGUUAUCAGUCCUACUGCACCAUCUGCUGCGGGGGGCGCGAGGUGCUCAUGUGCGGGAACAACAAUUGCUGCAGGUGCUUUUGCGUUGAGUGUGUGGAUCUCUUGGUGGGGCCGGGAGCUGCGCAGGCAGCCAUUAAGGAAGACCCCUGGAACUGCUACAUGUGCGGGCACAAGGGCACCUACGGGCUGCUGCGGCGGCGAGAAGACUGGCCCUCUCGGCUCCAGAUGUUCUUCGCCAAUAACCACGACCAGGAAUUCGACCCUCCGAAGGUUUACCCACCUGUCCCAGCUGAGAAGAGGAAGCCCAUCCGGGUGCUGUCCCUGUUUGAUGGAAUCGCUACAGGGCUUCUGGUGCUGAAGGACUUGGGCAUUCAGGUGGAUCGCUACAUCGCUUCCGAGGUGUGCGAGGAUUCCAUCACGGUGGGCAUGGUGCGGCACCAGGGGAAGAUCAUGUACGUCGGGGACGUCCGCAGCGUCACGCAGAAGCAUAUCCAGGAGUGGGGCCCGUUCGAUCUGGUGAUUGGGGGCAGUCCCUGCAAUGAUCUCUCCAUCGUCAACCCUGCCCGCAAGGGACUCUACGAGGGCACUGGCCGGCUCUUCUUUGAGUUCUACCGCCUCCUGCAUGAUGCGCGGCCCAAGGAGGGAGAUGAUCGCCCCUUCUUCUGGCUCUUUGAGAAUGUGGUGGCCAUGGGCGUUAGUGACAAGAGGGACAUCUCGCGAUUUCUCGAGUCCAACCCUGUGAUGAUUGAUGCCAAAGAAGUGUCAGCUGCACACAGGGCCCGCUACUUCUGGGGGAACCUUCCUGGUAUGAACAGGCCGUUGGCAUCCACUGUGAAUGAUAAGCUGGAGCUGCAGGAGUGUCUGGAGCACGGCAGAAUAGCCAAGUUCAGCAAAGUGAGGACCAUUACUACUAGGUCGAACUCCAUAAAGCAGGGCAAAGACCAGCAUUUCCCCGUCUUCAUGAAUGAGAAAGAGGACAUCUUAUGGUGCACUGAAAUGGAAAGGGUGUUUGGCUUCCCUGUCCACUAUACCGACGUCUCCAACAUGAGCCGCUUGGCGAGGCAGAGACUGCUGGGCCGGUCGUGGAGCGUGCCCGUCAUCCGCCACCUCUUUGCUCCGCUGAAGGAAUAUUUUGCUUGUGUGUAAGGGACGUGAGGGCAAACCGAGGUAGUGAAACAAGGUUUAAACAAACAAACAAAAAACACAAAACACAACAAAAUACCAAGAACUUGAGGAUGGAGAGAAGUAUCAGCACCCAGAAGACGAAAAGGAAUUUAAAAACAAAACAAAAAAAACCCCACAGAGGCAGAAAUACCGGAAGGCUUUGCCUUGUAAAAAGGGUUGGACAUCAUCUCCUGAUUUUUCAAUGUUAAUCUUCAGUCCUAUUUAAAAACAAAACCAAGCUCCCUCCCCACCCUCCCACCCCCUUUUUUUGGGUCAAACCUUUUGUUUUCUACUCUUUUCAGAGGGGUUUUCUGUUUGUUUGGGUUUUUGUUUCUUGCUGUGACUGAAACAAGAGGGUUUAUUGCAGCAAAAAAAAAAAAAAUCAGUAACAAAAAAUAGUAACAUACCUUGCAGAGGAAAGAUGGGAGAGAAGGAAAGAAGGAAAUUCUAUAGAAAUCUAUAUAUUGGUUUUUUUUUUUGUUUUUUUUUUUUGUUUGUUUUGUUUUGUUUUUUUACUAUAUAUCUUUUUGUUGUUGUUGUCUCUAGCCUGAUCAGAUAGAGCACAAGCAGAGGACAGAAAGUAGACACUCAGGCGGCAGAGCUCCCUCCCAGCCACUGAGCUGUCUUGCCAGCACCAUUCCUGGUCAUGCAAAACACAACCCAGCUAGCAGCAGAGAGACGAGAACACCACACAAGACCCUUUUAUACAGUAUUCAGGUGCCUACCACACAGGAAACCUUGAAGAAAAAUCAGUUUCUAGAAGCCGCUGUUACCUCUUGUUUACAGUUUAUAUAUAUAUGAUAGAUAUGAGAUAUAUAUAUAAAAGGUACUGUUAACUACUGUACAACCCGACUUCAUAAUGGUGCUUUACAACAGCGAGAUGAGUAAAAACAUCAGCUUCCACGUUGCCUUAUGUGCAAAGGGUUUUAACCGAGGAUGGAGAAAGGGAGACAGCUUGGAGGUGAACUGUUACCGUGGUGGGGUUUUUUUUAUUUCCCCUUGGUGUUUUUAACAAGGUGAAGGAGGAGAAUUUGGGAACAGCAUUCUCCCGUUUCUCCCUGCCAAAAAAAGGGGGUGAAAUUCAGUGGUCGGGACCGUGGAAAGCUGAGAGUGGGAUCCAUCCAGGAUCAUGAGAUAACUUUUUGAUUUUUUUCGAAAAGGAGACUCCCUCGGCAAGACGGCAGGAUGAGGGGUCUUCCUUCCCAAUUUCUCACAUUAGCCGAUUCGAGGGCUCCUUGCGGUGGGGUCAGAAAAAAUCCAGAGUGCGGGCAAGCGACAGUUCAGACCCCACCUGGAGCAAAUAAAAAAACAUACAAAACGUACUGGUGCUUUCCUGUCUAAGUCGCUUUUUGUGUGUUCUUUUAUGAGGCCCCCACCAUCCACCCUCUGUGCACAAGGCGGCUUCCAGCCCCUGGAAUGUGAUGUUUUUGGUCAUCUCCAAAGGCUGCAGUUUUAUACUGGGAGGCUGAUGACACCUUUUGUUAUAAUUAUUCUUAUGGUUCUGGUUAUAAUUAUGUUUGUUUUCAGAUUUUCUUUUAAGAAAACAAAAACCCAACCCCCCCUCCCUUUAGGUUUCAAACCAAGGUGCGGGGAGCAGGGUGCUUCUAAGUUAGUGGUGGCCCUGGUGCCCUGGCUCCCCACCCCUCGGGCCAGGUGGGCCACCGGGCGCUGCGACAGCUGGGCGUCGGCCAGGGGGGUCCCCAAGGCCGGCCUUCCGGGCGCGUCCCUCUUCUCUUCUGCUUCCCUCCUCUCGAGUCACGUGUGUCAGGGCUGGAGGGAGGACCAGGCAUCUCUCUCUCCUCGCGUGUGUGAUUGGAGUGGUGUGUAUUUCUUUUCUAGUACUUGGUCUGAUGAUAGCUGUGCUCUUACCUCGAGUCAGCAGCACCUGGAGCCCCAAGUGCACGACACUUGGUUCCGCUUCCCGGCGAGGCAGGCAGCCUGGUGUUGGCUGUAGGCAGGGACGGCAUGUGUGGCUCCAGGGUGAGGGCCCAAUGGGCAGAUGCCUGCCUGGGUAGAUGGGGUGUAGAUAAUGUGGCAUAUAGAGAUAUAUAUUUUAUAAUGGGAGGGGGAAAUGGCACCUCCUGGGACUGGCAGGGCUGGGAGGUGUGCUGUCAAGCACAUGGUCCCACCUUCGCAUCCCUAGAAAGAUAGGGCCUACAGUGGUAGGCGCUAUAUAAAUACAUAGAUAGGGUCACGUAUAAGAAAUAUUUUGUAGUGGGGAGCGGGGGAAGGAGGCUCAGAACGCUGAGUCUCGGGCCCCACUGCAGACAGGCCCCACACCAAUCAGUCAAUCCCACACGCACACACAGGAACACGUUUCUCUACCGAUGCGUAACGAAUGCGCGUGCACAGACACGCACAC